AUGCAAGGACUUCCAGAGUUAUCCCUCACGUUACUAAAUCAUGCUAUUCCAUAUAUUCUUCUUGGUGUUAUAUCUCUAAAGAUUUUAGAAAAAUUCACUGACAAUCCUAUUGAUGCUCUUGCAUUGACACAUGCUGUUGAAUCAAAUCGAACAACAGAUAUGAAUUUUAUAUCAUGGAAAUUUACUGUAUUAAUAAAAGAAAAUGCAACAAUAAAUAAUUUAGCAAGGUAUGAUCAACAAAUACCAAUAAUAUUCCUUGCUGACAGAACAACUUAUUAUGAUGCAACGACGAUACCAAAUGAAAAUCAUAAUCAAAUUGAAUUAAGAGAAGAUGAAUAUCUUGUUAGUCCAGUAUCUUCAGGUUUAUAUGAAGGAAAAGUAAGAAUCGUUUAUGAUCCAAUUACUUAUCAAUUAGAACCUGAAUAA